AUAAUCACAUAGAAGCAAUAUCCCCAAGCUUCUCCCUACCUUAGGUUUUUAGUCCAAAUUAAUGCAAACAAUCACGUGGGAUUCAGCCAAGCAGUGACGUUCAAGUCUGCUCUGUCAGAGAGAGCAUCUGUCAAGCCCACAUUUAAACUGCUGCCUGCCUGUGCAGCAGCUGAGGAACCGUUUACAUGGAUUUCAUGUUAUAGACUAAAACCCCAGUAAAACUGCUCAGAAUUCUUCCUGCAGCUGCCAGGCAACAACGAAAGAGAAUUAAACCCUGCUCUUUUCCAAUACAAUUGAAGCAUUCCAUUCUAGCUCUGGCUGCUUUACACUGCAGCUCCGUGUUAUUACUAGAAAUAUGGAUACUGAGAAGAGAACACAGCACUGCAUUGUCCGGCCAGGAAAACGGCAGAUGUAAAAAGCUUCAAUGCAUCAACUGUCGGGAAGAGUCAACAGUGCUCCAAACAGAACGGACAACUACAGCUCUUUUGUUUAAAGAAAGAGAAAAUGAAAGAAAGGGAAAGCCUCAGAAGACUAGGACCCAUAUGAAGAAGGAGGGUGCCUGGAAGACAAGCAGACAGAUGGACACUUUGGAUACUGUGAAAAGCAAUCGCAGGAGGCAGACUAUUGGGGGAUGUGCGCAUGUUCGAUAGCAUCUUUUUGCUGAAGUGAUGGCGAGCCAAAAGUACGUUCAGUGGGCAUAAUCCUCUCCACACAAAUGGCCUGACCAAGGAAGAAUGACUGCAAGGGAGAUAACGUGACCGAAUGAGAAAAUGAUUACCAAAGACUAGUAUCAACUCAACAUAAGGAAACAACACUUUUAGCCACCAGUGUACCAUAUCCCAUUCCUGGGAACACACAACAUGCUUCAGUGGAGGAGAAGACACUGCUGCUUUGCAAAGAUGAGCUGGAGUGCCAAGAGGUCCCUGCUCCGCACGCACCUCCUUGGUGUGCUUUCUCUAGUGUUUCUUUUUGCCGUGUUUUUGUUUUUCAAUCACCAUGACUGGCUACCAGGAAGGGCUGGAUUCAAAGAAAACCCUGUGACCUACACUUUCCGAGGAUUUCGUUCUACAAAAAGUGAGACAAACCACAGCUCACUUCGAAACAUUUGGAAAGAAACAGUUCCUCAAACUCUGAGGCCUCAAACAGCAACCAAUUCCAAUAACACAGACCUGUCGCCACAAGGAGUCACAGGGCUAGAGAAUACACUCAGUGCCAAUGGAACUAUGUACAGUGAAAAAGGUAAUGGGCAUCCAAACUCUUACCGCUUCAAGUACAUUAUCAAUGAACCUGGAAAAUGUCAGGAGAAAAGCCCUUUUCUACUGCUGCUGAUAGCUGCAGAACCGGGACAGGCGGAAGCCAGACGAGCGAUCCGGCAGACCUGGGGGAACGAGAGCCUGGCACCCGGGGUCCCGAUCACACGGAUUUUUUUAUUGGGCGUAAGUAUCAAGUUAAAUGACUACAUUCAACGAGCAAUACUGGAAGAAAGCAGACAAUACCAUGAUAUAAUUCAACAGGAGUAUUUAGAUACAUACUAUAACUUGACCAUUAAAACACUAAUGGGCAUGAACUGGGUUGCAACAUACUGUCCACAUAUUCCAUAUGUUAUGAAAACUGACAGUGACAUGUUUGUCAACACUGAAUAUUUAAUACAUAAAUUACUGAAGCCAGACCUGCCUCCCAGGCAUAACUAUUUUACUGGUUAUCUAAUGAGAGGAUAUGCACCCAAUCGAAACAAAGACAGCAAAUGGUACAUGCCACCAGACCUCUACCCGAGCGAGCGCUACCCUGUCUUCUGUUCUGGGACUGGUUAUGUUUUCUCUGGAGAUCUGGCAGAAAAGAUAUUUAAAGUUUCUUUAAGUAUCCGUCGUUUGCACUUGGAAGAUGUAUACGUAGGGAUCUGUCUUGCCAAGUUGAGAAUUGAUCCUGUGCCCCCUCCCAAUGAAUUUGUGUUCAAUCACUGGCGAGUUUCUUAUUCAAGCUGUAAAUACAGCCACCUAAUUACCUCUCAUCAGUUCCAGCCUAGUGAACUGAUAAAAUACUGGAACCAUUUACAACAAAACAAGCACAACGCUUGUGCCAAUGCAGCAAAGGAAAAAGCAGGCAGGUACCGCCACCGCAAACUGCACUAGAAAAGACAACUUUUUUCAAACAUGCGAUCUGUAAAAUAUUGCUAAAAGCAUGUAUAGUUAAAACUGAUUACACCCAUAGGACAAGUUUUAGUUAAAAUUCAUCACAUAAAAGAAUUCGAAAAUAUUUUUUUUAAUUUCUGAAGAAGGUAAUUCUAAAAACUACAUUACAUACAAAAAAGUAUCCUGAAAGAAUCUAUUUAAAAAACAUGUUUAAGAAGAUUCUGUGUGUUGACAUGCAGUAACAAGCAUGCAUACAUCAAUGGUUCAAGUGUUAUGUUAGGGGCCAAUAGAUGUAUUUGCAUUUGUUUCCCACAUAAAUUUCAAUUUAAGAAAUGGAAAGUCAAAAGACCCUUCAUUUUAGAUUCAGGUUUUCAUUUCAAUAUAUAAUUAAAUGUAAAUAAAACAUUAUUGUCAAUUUUAAGCAAACUUUGUAAUUGUGCAAAGGAUAAAUUUUCUGACCUGACUAUGCUAAGGCUCUAAAAACUGUCCCCCCAUGCAAUAAGAUUUAGCUGAGUUAUUCCAGAACUGCAUUUGUAAAGUUCAGACAUUUCAUCAAUGCAGUUCUCAUCUAAGUAUUUACUUUUUAAAAACAACUGAGAUACUUGUUUUCUUUUAUUAAUAUUCACAUAUAUCGGGGGAAAUUAUUUUGACAUGACAUGAUAAAAUGUGAAAAAUCAGUAUGUCUCAGGCUCAAGUUUUUAUAGAAACAAAAAAUUAAAUGUUUCAAAAUAGACAAACCUGUUUCCUCAUUGGUGUUAAGGGCCAAGCUAGUAUUUCAAUGAGUUACUCCAUUAGAUCAGUUACUGCACUCUUCAAGCAUAUCUGUGAAAAUAUAUCCUGUUCCUCUAACUGAAGCAAAAGUGAUCACUUACAGGCACAAAGAGAAGGUGCUGUUGAAAGAAGAUAAAGAAUAAAGAGUGCAGCCUCACUUCCAUUCAAUUCAUUUUUAAGAUGCAUGUCUGCCAAACUGCAACAUAUGGGAAGUUUAUUUCCUGACAGCAGGUGUACACAUGCCAAUACUUAAUCAUUUUAUGGCACCUACUUCUUUCUCUGAGUGCCAAGUUUACAAACCUGCAGUUUUUAAUUUGGUAGAUGACAAAUAUUCUGCAUCACCAAUUAAAAACCUUUGAGGGGGGACGAUGAGGGAAAACUACAAAUAUUUGAUGAACAGUUGAUUCUAGGAUGAACAAUGUAUACAAUGCACUUUUAUCGAGUUUUUAAUAAAAAAGGUAAACGAAAAAGUU